CUGACGAAAUUUCCUCGGCCCUGCUCCAUGGCUCCCUGCCCGUUUCUGAGAAAUCAACAAGAGACGAAGGCAGCAAGCUAGUAUCUGUAAGCUCUGGGCAAAACGGUGCUAGUCACGGCAGCUCUCUCCAGUCAGGAGGGGGACGCAACUGGUUAUUUUCUUUCACAGUAUUUCCCCUGCCAACACUCAGCAGGACACGACGUUUAGUCGGUGGACGGAGAUACAAGCGGAUAUUAUCGGGAUGGAUGGACCGAGUGAGCAGCUUUUCACCGUGGGACUUGCGCUAAUGUAGACGUCCUGAGCAGCAGGUGUACUGAAGGAUAAAACAGACUAAAGGCAAUCUCAGUGUUCAUGAAACUUUGCUACGAUUUACGUGCUGGGGUUGCCGUCCGCCAUGUUAAGGUAAAGCCCAGGUGCGCGGUGUUGACCAUGCUAAAGCGCCUGGACAAGAUCCGCUUCAGAGGCCCCAGGACGAGAGAAGACUUCCCGGAUCUGGCCGAGUCGCCGCCCGCCUCCGACAACGAAUGUAGCGACGAAGUGCAGCUGAAGCCCAGACCAUCUCUGCGGGAGACGGAGGAGAUCCUGCGAGACCCUGCUGGUUCGGGGUCUCCCACCAUGGCUGCGGCCAUCCAGGACUUCCAGAGGUCGGAGUCAGACCGACUCAACGAAGUCAAAGGUCACCUGGAAAUUGCCUUACUCGAGAAACAUUUCCUACCGCCUUUCCGACCAAAUGGUGACUGCAGCAGGAAGCCUCUGUUUGAUGAGAGGCUCUUGUUAAAGUCGGCUGUUGCUGAAAUGAAAAUCUCUCCUCAUCACCCUACGCUGGCUUACUGA